CAAAGUGCUCACUUGUCCUCUCAGUGGAAGUGCUUGUGCAAUCCGCUGCUAUCUAUCACUUUCAUCUGUGUAUCUCAAAACAGCAGAGGAAAUUUAUUUCAUGUCUUCAGAAAAUGUGAUUGUGCUUCCACUUUAGGAUUAUCAGUCAAAGUUGUACAGUUUUUCAUAAGGGAUGGAAGACCUCACGCCAGAACAAUGGCGCGAGAUUAUGAACAGGAAGAUGCGGUUCCCUCCGGAGCUCAUCAGCGCCAUUCAGGAUGGGAAAACAGAGCUGCUGUGUGGGCUCCUGAAGACUGGGGAUGGCAUCAUCCGCCAGCUGGAUGAGUCUGAGGACCGGCUUUGGAGGGAGGCCCUGAACCUCUCCAUUCGCCUGGGCAGCGAGGACGCCAUGGACGCUCUCCUGCAGGGGGUCAAGUUCGACUUCCGGCAGAUUCAUGAGGCCCUGCUGGUUGCCGUGGACACCAACCAGCCCAUUGUGGUGAAGCGUCUACUGGACCGUCUGGACCAGGAGAAGGGAAACAAAAUGGACGUACGCUCCUUCUCUCAGGCCAUCUUUGAUCGCUCUAUUGACAACUCGCAGUUUGCCCCUGGUGUGACCCCCCUGACCCUGGCCUGCCAGAAGGACCUGUAUGACAUAGUGACCAUGCUCACCCAGAAAGGGCAUGUCAUCCCGUGGCCACAUAAAAUAUCCUGCUCCUGUCUUGAAUGUAGGAAUGGCCGUCAGUAUGACUUGCUGAAGUUCUCCUUGUCGCGGAUCAACACCUAUCGUGGCAUUGCGAGUCGCGCCUACCUGUCCGUCACCUCUGAUGACGCCAUGCUCUGUGCCUUCAGCCUCAGCAAAGAGCUACGCAUGCUCUCACAGAAAGAACCAGAGUUCAAGCCUCAGUACCUCGCCCUGGAGGAACUUUGUCAAGAGUUUGCUGUUGAGUUGCUGGGGAUGUGUCGCAACCAGAGUGAGGUAACCACAAUUCUGAACAGCUGCGGAGACGAGAAGCAGGAUGCUGCAGACGAGCAGGCUUUUGAUGAGGGAAUACCCAACUUGUCACGUCUUCGUCUCGCCGUCAACUACAACCAGAAACAGUUUGUGGCCCAUCCGAUCUGCCAGCAGGUAUUGUCAUCUAUCUGGUGUGGGAACCUGGCAGGUUGGAGAGGCAGCAGGACGGCCUGGAAACUAUUUGUCUCUGUGGGGAUCUUUCUGACCAUGCCCCUCCUCUGCCUCGUCUACUGGAUCGCACCAAAGUCAAAGGUAGGGAAGAUAUUAAGGAUUCCAGUGAUCAAGUUUCUCCUUCACUCCGCCUCCUACCUUUGGUUCCUCAUCACAUUACUUGGAGAAUCAAUCACCAUGGAGAUGUACCGAGAUAAAUUUGCGUCCAGGCAGCAAAAUAUCCUGCACAGCUCCUUCCACAUGGUGUGGGUGGUUGGAUUCUUCUGGUACGAGUGCAAGGAGGUCUGGAUUGAGGGUCUGCGAAGUUACUUCCUGGACUGGUGGAACUGCUUGGACAUGAUGGUCCUCAGCAUGUAUCUGGCGUCGUUUUCACUGCGUGUGCUCAUCAUGCUCAAAGGUUACUUCCUCUGCCAGGAUCACCCCGGCACAGAUGAAUGUAUCUACUUCACCCAGACUGUGCGAGAUGACUGGCAUCAAGAGGACCCUCAGCUGAUUGCAGAGGUGCUGUUCGCAGUGACCAGCAUGAUGAGCUUCACACGGUUGGCGUACAUCCUGCCUGCACACGAGUCUCUGGGGACACUACAGAUCUCAAUUGGGAAGAUGAUCGAUGAUAUGAUGAGAUUCAUGUUCAUACUGAUGAUCAUUGGAACAGCCUUUCUCUGCGGCAUCAACAAUGUCUACGUUCCUUAUGUAAUCUCUCCACAUCUUGGCAGGUUUAAUGAGACAUUCCACUUCUUGUUCUGGACCAUGUUUGGUGUGGCCAACCAGGACUAUGUGGAUAUGCCUCAAUUUGUGUUAGCAGAGUUUGUAGGAAGGAUCCUCUACGGCAUUUUCACACUGGUCAUCGUGAUCGUGCUGCUCAACAUGCUUAUUGCUAUGAUCACCAACUCCUUUCAGAAAAUCGAGGAUGAUGCAGAUGUGGAGUGGAAGUUUGCCAGGUCAAAACUGUACCUCAGUUACUUCAGGGAGGGUCUCACCAUGCCUGUGCCCUUCAAUAUCAUCCCUUCACCCAAAGCUUUCUUUUAUAUCAUAAGAGGUAUCUUUAGACGAAUCUGCUGCUGCUGCACAUGUAAUUCUCAGGAUAAAUAUCCUCCUAUAGCCUCUAUGUCCAAUGAGAAAGGAUCUGACAAAAGCCAGUUACCGUAUCGAGAGCAGGUGAUUGGGGCCCUAGUGCAGCGAUACAUUGAGUCAGCCCGCAGGGAGUUCAAGGAGACUAAGAGGAAAGAUAUUGGCAACCGGAUAACUGAGCUGAGCAAAGCAGUUGGCAGGAUGCACAGCGAUAUGAAACUGUUGCAGCAGCUUCUGGUGGAUGAGGGACACACUGCAGGCAAUGGUUUCACAAAGGACGCCUCCUCCUUCCUUGGGAAAUACAUCAUUGGGGCCAAGAACAAUUUCAGAGGUUUUAAUAGCAGACAAGAUGAUAAAAGCUCAUCGAUUAAAGUGAUGAUGCACCCCGGAGAGGUAGAUAAAGAUGAAGAAAAGGUUAACUCAGAUGUAACACUGGAUGAGUCACAUGAACAUGGAGCAAAAAGAUCAGAGCAGAUAACAGACUGCGAUGUGGUGAAAAUGGAGGAAGGAAGAACUAAAGAAGAUGUAGGAGAUAAGAAAGAAUUUGAGGUAAAAGAACAAGCAGAUUCAGAAAAAACUGAAAAUACUGACAGUGAAGUGAAAGGGGAGACAGCAGCAGGAGCAGGGUUCAGCAAUGCAGAGGAGAAGGUCAACGUUGAGGCCCCUUAUAAACAGACAGAAAAAGAAGAAAAACAUGAGGGAGAAACACUUACAGAAGUGAAGGUGAAUGAAAAACCCACUGAGAAAAGCUACAAGCAAACUGAAAGCAAGGUUAAUGAUGAAAAAAAGCAUGACACAAAACAAGUAGUGAAGACGCCGAAAGACGACAUAGAGCUGAAAGACAAAAAGGCAGAGCCAAGAUGGAUGAAGGGAAGAAAAUUUGAGCAUACUAUAAAAGAGAAGCCUGGUGGUGGGGAGAGCAACGCAAAACCUGGAGGCAAGAAGGUUGCGUCCUCACCAACAGGCAGCAGCAGCUCUCAGGACACAGGCUUUGGUUCACAAGAAGGGGAGGGGUCGAUUGAUGGGGUACUGGUGAGACCAUAGCCUUAGUGAUGCUCCACAGACUCUUCCUGAGUUUGGACCUGUGGACUUUUAGCCAGAGACAGCGGUGGUUUGAGUUUCUCCAUCAUAUCUUACCUCAUGUUUGCUAUGCUAUGCUAGAGGAACAGCAAAAAUCAUGUUUGGUAAGUCAGUGAUUUGGACCAAAGCAACAUCUCUAAACAUCUAGAGAUUCGCUUUCUAUCAAUCUGCUCCAAGUCCCAGAGGAUUAUUAUUCCUCAAUAUGCAUCCUUUUGACCUCUAGUGUCAAUAGUUAAAACCUCAGUGGGACCAAGACCUUAAAAUGAGCUGAAUUUAGCAAAAUAUAUUUAUGCUCAAAAGAAAUGAGCCUCUUGACCCCUCCAGACUGUAGUUCUACAGUAUCACAUGCAAUGUCAGAUUUGAGUGAAUAUUGAACUGUCUGGGUGCAGAUUUGAGACUACAUUUCAAAAGUGUCUUUAUCAAUUUAGGAGGGAAAAUUUCAUAUAACUCAAUCCAUCAUUGUAGAACAACAUUGCGUGGUUUAGGCAACUGUACAGUGGAUGACAGAGUCCAUUGCUGAAAUUACACGCUGCACAUAAACAAAACACAAGCAAAUUAAGAUACUUAAUCAAUUAAACAACUCAUACAUACACACAUCAUUUGCAGUUUGUAUUUGCUUGUUGCAAUGGUUCACAGCACUUUCCUUAAUUUACUUGUGUUUCCCUAUUUACAUGUUUUCUUCAAUGCACUGAACUGUUUUGGUCAUUAUUUACUUCAGUGUCAAGAAAAACAGUCCACUGAUCAUUCUGAUUCACCAACUUUAUUCACUGAAAUAAUUCAUUUGUCAAAUCGGAUGGUUUUCCUUUCCGAUAUCAACGUAGAGUCAUUCAAAUAUAUUAACUACUACCAAUGCAUUCCUUCAUUUUAAGACAUUUUUCCAAUAAUUCAUCACCUUUAUGUCAGGAGUAGUGAGGAAAGUGCGAUUUAACAGAGGCUUCUUGUCACUUCGAUCAUCACUUGACUGUUAGUUGGCUCCAAAUACUGCACCUUUAGUUCAGCAUUACUUUAGCAAUUAACAUAUCAACACUAUUUGCAGAUAUGUAGGGUUCAGUGCCUUCAGAUUAGAAAAUACACAAACUAGGCCACUAAAUGUGACCACAGACCUGCAAAAUAAGUGGGUUUCAUUAGGAUUUUGACUUUUGUAUUGUAUUUAAAGUUUACUGUAUAUUUUUGCAAUGUAAAUUUUAGAAUUUUUGGUCACUCUGGUGUCUCUUUACAUGAUAUUCAAACAUCUGAAUAAAAUGGCCUUGUUUUCACUCAUGCUUUUGCACAGUAUUUA